UUUUUUUUUGAGAUUGGAUGUUUAACAUUUUAUUUCCUGGAAAUAUUUCCAAAUAUUCCCAGUUUCCUAAACCAUUGAAAUUUAUUACUCAAAAGAACCCACAUUUGGCUUUGUCAGGAUGGCGUACUCAAUGGACUUAGGUGGAGGAGAUGCCUUCAUCUGCACAGAGUGUGGUGAAGGGUUUAGUCAGUACCCUAAACUAGUUGAACACAUGGCCAUUCAUGGACUUAAUGGCUUAUUUUCCUCUGAUGGUUUAAGCAUAAGUAAUGGUAGUUGUAUCAACGCAUCCAUUGAGGUUGCUCUCCAUGAAAACGGAAUGCUUACUGUGGUUGAUCGAUCUGUUUUAUCUAACUUUACUUUCUUGUUUGGAAAACCUUCAAACAAGUCAUUAUGGUGCCAACCCUCUAAUCAAGAAGCGUUGACUUCAUCCAAGAUGCCAGGGAAGCAGUAUGCUCACUUUAAAUGUGAAAGAUGUGGACAAGUGUUCAAAACCCUAAAAAGCUUACAACUGCAUCAGCAGUACCGUGCUCUUGAGCAGGGGCUCAAAUGCACCCUGUGCUGCAAGGUGUUUAAUGACAGGGAGGGUCUGCAGAGCCAUCUUCAAAACCAUGCUCAUGAACGCUUUUACAGCUGUGGACACUGUGGAAAGCGAUUCUUAAGACAAGAGACAUUACUGUCGCAUCAAAAACAGUGGCAUGGAUCUAUUGGUUCCAAGACUAGUAGAUCCGAGGAAGAUCAAGAAAGUAGCAUGGACAGGUCUUACCCGUGCAAAAUCUGUGGCUUACGCUUCUUUUGGUUGUCUGACUUGCAAAGCCACCUAAACAGUCAUUCUCGUGUCAACAAGCCAACCACUGAUGCAAUGCAAAAACAGGAAUCUCUUGUGGAGGAAAGUAAGAAAAAUGGCAAUGAUUCAGUUAAUGAGCCUUGUCGUUGUGGCCUGUGUGGAGAACAUUUUAACCAAAUUUCAGAUUUAAGAGAACAUCAUAAAACACAGCAUCCAGAUGAGGUUGAGGUAAAGGACAUAUCAGAUUUAUCAUCUAAAACAAAACAGCAGUAUGGUGUAAUGCAACAAAUGUUUGCAAAACAGCAAAAGCAGCCACAAAGACCAAGCUUAAGAGGAAGACGUAGAGGAAUGAGCAGAGCCAAUUUUGGUGGUAAAAUAUUCUCCUGCAAACUUUGCCAUCGUGUGUUUGUGCACUCAAGCAGUCUCUCUCGUCAUAUGCGGUACCAUAAGGGUACUCUGCAUUCCUGUGUUUAUUGUGGAAGAAACUUUCCACAAAGAUGUGAUGUCACAAGGCAUGUGGCCAUGUACCACAGUUCAGCGCCUCAACCUAAGCCUCCUGGGGAGUCAAAGACAGAACAUGAGGUUAAAAGCACUGAACAGGAACCCGCAAAAGCAUCAACACAAACAAAAAGUGAUAGUGAACAAGAGGAUCUUGAAGAAGAAAAUCAGUCCGAGUCUAAGGCAGAUGACCGAUUAGUUGGUUCUCGAUAUACGAGAACUUACACGCCAAGGAUGAAGUACAAAUGCAAAGAAUGUUGUAGAGUCUUUGGGCUACUUAGUGUUUAUAAGCGGCAUGUGUAUUUCCACAAGCGAAGUCCCUGUAAGGUAUUGCUCAGUUGCCCUCUCUGUCCAAGCCGCUUCACAUUCCUCUCUGCAUUACAUAGCCAUCUUGAGAAUCAUCAUAAAGGAGACUCUGAGAAUGAUGGCACAAAAGCUCCAGAGACCAAUGUAGUUGAUUCCGAAAAUCAACAGGAAGAUGCUGAUGCUGAAAAAGCUGAUAAUGUUAUGUCAUCGGAGAUAAUGAAUGAGUCUACUGAAUGUUCUCAGACUUAGAAAUGCACAAAAAUGGUUUUGGCAAAAAACAGGUUUGGCUACUGAUUCAGAUGUUGAAAAAUGUGAAUGACAUGCACAAAUCUCACCCCUAACCACGAACACCGUUGGAAUGGAUUGAGAACUGUUUUGUUUAAUGUCAUUGCCUGACCUCCUUGAUGCUCUUGUUUCUGGAGCAAGUCUCUUCAGCAAUGUUCCUCCCCAAAAGAGUGUGGAGGCUGAUACAAAAAUCAAAAGCAGAGAUUUUUUUUCUCAUGCUUUUGAAAUGAAAUGUAUGAGUAUCAGAGGUAAGGGACUGAUGCUGGAAGAUGUCUUUCUGUUGGAAACUUCUGGAGCUCUUUUUUUCACUGCAUGGUACGGCUCAGUACGGUUCGGCUUGGCGCAGCAUGGUUUGGCUCGCUUUUCCACUGCCUGGUAUGACUCGGCAAGGCUCGGUUCGCUUUUAGCUCAGUUUGAUUUUCCACUGCAGUUAGUACCGUUUCAAAAUGGGUGGGAUUAUAGACUGAUCACUAUGGUUUAUCCGCUCCUCGGGAACCAACGAGAGGAACAUCUGGACUUCGUCCACUGAUCAAGAUUCAGCCAUUUCUUUUUUGGAAGUUUCUUUUUUUUUUUUUUUAAGCAAGUCAUUUUAAAACCGGUACCAUUGCGGUGGCUGUUACUGGAUUUUUUAAUCUAGCGUGUUUGAUGUUCACAAAUACAAUGACGCAAUCUGUGAUCUGCAGUGUUUUACGAAGCAAGCGUACCAUACCAUGCAGUGGAAAAGCACCACAAAGUGAGCCAUGCCAAGCCGUACCAUACCAGGCAGAGGAAAAGAGCCAAUAGUUGUAACAAAGUUGGAAGCACAGAAUUCUGUAGAAAAUCAUUGUAUAGAAUGGUAUUAAGAUUCUGAUAUUAAGACAUUGGAAUAUCUGGAGAAAUGCCGAACCUGUUCAUGCUGAGUGUCAAUAAUGAAGAUAUAAUGUAUGUCAGCAAUGUCAGACUGCUCACAUUUAAAUAGUAAUUAACACACUUUUUUUUAGUCUUCAUGUGUUGUACUUUUAUAGCGUUAGAAGCAUUCUAUAGACUUCUCGGGUGUAUUGAAUGAAUACUGUUUUCUUGUACGUUGCAUUUGUUGUUUAUAAAAAGGUCAUCAAAUUCCCUUUCUAUCUAAUUUUUGGAUGUGCUCUUCGAAUUCUUUUUCAAACUGGGCAUUGACGAUAUGAGCAUGCAUGAACCAACAUGAACUGUAUAAGAACCCAUGGUGUCUGAAUUUGAAAAAUACUUUGAACAUUUAGAGUUCUUUAAAUCUGGUAUUACUCGUGUCAUUCGAACAGUGUUUGCUAAUAGUUGAAUUAAGAGCACACUUCUGGUACAGUUAGGGAAAUGUGCAUUUUAGCUAUACUUUUUAUAACUAACAGUCUAGAUUUUAAUACCCAUAACCCACACACACUGAAGUCAAAGGCUGUUUCUCAAUUCCAAGAACGCAAAGGACGGACUUGCAUUCUCGUAGAGAGACUGAUCUUGCCAGGCGACCUUGAAAGAACGAACUCUGAAGGACAUGAGGACACAAAAUGCAUAUUUGUGAGAAUUGAGAUGUGCUGUGAACUGGUUGCUCAACUGACUGUUCCAGAAUAUUAUAAGUAGCAGCAAAUGCACAAAAAUAUAACAUAACAUCACAGAAGUGUCAUAACCUACAUUUACAUAAAUCAUUUAUAGACAUUUUCCCCUGUUUUUUGUGAAAAUGAAUAUGUAUGUUUAAUUUUACCAAUCCUUUGUCAAUGUUAAUAUAUUUUUUAAUAAGCCAAUAAAUAACUGCCAGCUUUCUUCAGGUCUUUAUCACAGUAAAAUUAAGAAAAAGGAACAAACACAUAUUUGUGAGCUAUUGUUCGUAAUCUGUGGGAAUCUCUUAAGUCAGAACAAGAAGUGUAAAGCUUACAGGCUUCUGUACGUCGACUGCCCGCAGUGUCUUCUGGGAUUUCUAAUGGUUAGAUUCUCUCAAAUCUGCAUUUAAUGCAUCCUCAAUAUCAAGAACACAUCAAGGUACUUUCAUGCAUCCUCUGUACUUGCAUUCUUGAAAAUUUGAUGGUUUGUUGACUUAGUACGAAAACAAGACGCAAGAUCUCUUAAGAAUGCAUAUUGAGAAACAGCCUCAAGUCUCUGAACAAGAUCAAGCCCUAAAUAGAAUUUUUUUUGUACAAAUUGUUUUUUUAGUAGUGAUGCAAAACAUUAUUACAAUUCUCAUACAUCAGUAACCAUUUUCUGCAAGUCUAGUUUUACAUGUUUAAAUAAAGAUAAUUAUGUUUCCCCCUUUAA